AUGGCACACCAAGCACAUUCUUACCACAUAGUAGACCCCAGCCCAUGACCCAUCCUAGGAGCAGCUGCCGCUCUCCUCACCACUUCUGGCCUAACUAUAUGAUUCCACUACAAUUCCCCCCAACUCCUAAUCAUCGGACUCAUCUCAACCAUCCUAGUCAUAUUCCAAUGAUGGCGCGACAUUGUACGUGAAAGCACCUUCCAAGGCCACCACACCCCUACCGUCCAAAAAGGCCUACGAUACGGCAUAGUCCUAUUUAUCACAUCAGAAGCCUUCUUCUUCCUAGGCUUCUUCUGAGCAUUCUUCCACUCAAGCCUAGCCCCCACCCCAGAACUAGGAGGCCAAUGACCCCCCGUUGGAAUCAAACCCCUAGACCCAAUAGACGUCCCCCUCCUAAACACCGCCAUCCUACUAGCUUCAGGGGUCACAGUCACAUGAGCCCACCACAGCAUCACAGAAGCCAACCGAAAACAAGCAAUCCAGGCCCUCGCCCUAACAGUCCUCCUAGGCUUCUACUUUACAGGCCUUCAAGCCAUAGAAUACUACGAAGCCCCUUUCUCCAUCGCAGACGGGGUCUACGGCUCAACUUUCUUCGUUGCCACAGGAUUCCAUGGCCUGCAUGUAAUCAUUGGCUCUACAUUCCUCCUAGUAUGCCUAUUUCGUCUAAUCAAAUUCCAUUUUACAUCCAACCACCACUUCGGCUUCGAAGCAGCAGCAUGAUACUGACACUUCGUAGACGUCGUCUGACUUUUCCUCUACAUUUCUAUCUACUGAUGAGGUUCCU